UGCACACAGACGCGUAGUGGACAGAGACAGCAAGACACCACCAUGGCCUGUGCUCAGCCGCUGGCUAAAAUCAGGGGUCGCUUCCGGAUCCAUAGCCUCUUGGCCCGACAGUGCUUGGCAGAGUUUCUGGGUGUAUUUGUGCUCAUGCUCCUCACCCAGGGGGCUUCCGCCCAGGCUGUCACCAGUGGAGAAACCAAAGGCAACUUCUUCACCAUGUUUCUGGCUGGUUCUCUAGCAGUUACAAUAGCCAUCUACGUGGCGGGCAAUGUCUCAGGAGCUCACCUGAAUCCAGCCUUCUCCUUGGCUAUGUGCCUCCUGGGACGCCUCCCCUGGUCCAAGCUCCCCAUUUACUCCUUUGUGCAACUACUGUCUGCUUUCUGUGCCUCUGGAGCUACCUAUGUUCUCUACUAUGAUGCUCUACAGAACUAUACAGGGGGGAACCUAACAGUGACUGGCCCCAAGGAGACUGCCUCCAUCUUUGCCACCUAUCCUGCCCCUUAUCUGUCCCUGAACAAUGGCUUCCUGGAUCAGGUUCUGGGCACUGGGAUCCUGAUUGUUGGGCUCUUGGCCAUCCUGGACAGACAGAACAAGGGAGUACCUGUGGGUCUGGAGCCUGUGGUUGUGGGGCUGCUGAUCCUAGUCAUCGGACUAUCCAUGGGUGUCAACUGCGGGUUCCCACUCAACCCUGCCAGAGAUCUGGGCCCAAGGCUCUUCACCUACCUGGCUGGCUGGGGCCCUGAAGUCUUCAGUGCUGGCAAUGGCUGGUGGUGGGUGCCUGUGGUAGCCCCUUUGGUGGGGGCUACCCUUGGCACAGCAACAUACCAGCUUCUGGUGGCUCUGCACCACCCUGAAGACUUAGAGCAAGCUCAGACUGUGGAGUCUGCUCAGGAAAAAGCCCCAGACUUGGAAACUCCUGCUUCAGUUCAGAUGCCUGAGAGUAAGCUGUGAUUAUGGCAGUCCUCAGCUUACUCGUGGACACGAAGGUCGUCACCCUGCCUGCUUGCAAGAUAGAUAUUUUUUCUCUUCAUUAGUAUAGCAGACACUGGGAAGCUCCUCUAUUUAUCAAUGAAGGCACCCCUUCCUCCUAAACUGGGAAGGAUUGCCUGGACAGGGGAGAAGCAGAGGAGGAUGAGGUCCAAGGACUCAGGUUCCAUCUCUACUCCAGCAAGCGCGUUUUCUGACCCUCAGGGCCUCUAGGAACGUAGUUGCUAAAAGUAGCCGCCAGAGGGUGCCCACCCUGGUUUGAGAAGGUUGCGGGAAUCAGCGGGGUGAGGGCAGACCAUCUAGUCGAGGGCAUGACGGGGGACUUCCCUCCGAAGCUUGAUUCCCAUUGACUUCCAGUCUUAUAACCUCAGUGUCGCUGGCCUUUACCCCAACAGGGAUGCUUCGCAGACGGUCGUUAGAGGUGCCUCCAUCCAGGGGGCGUGGUGGGGCGGCGGAAAGAGGGCGAUGGCAGAGCACAGACCUCACUUCGCCUUGUAGACUGGGAAAGUAAGUCAGAGAAGCUGAGGCACAUCCGAGGGUGUCAUUUAAGGACAGAAUGAAUGCCAUGAGAUUAGCCAGGGCGAGGAGAGAAGGCGAAGGAACGUAGAGGGUGGACGGUUACAAGGGGUAUGAGUCGGGGCUCAGGGUAAAACUGGAGGUGAGGAAAAUUCUUGUUCACCGCUUCUCCCGCCCUCUCGCCCCUCCUGGCAGAAGAUGUCCUUUUUGCAAAUAAGGCAGCAUUUCUCGUUCCCUUUCUUUCAAAUUAA